AUGGCGCCGGUAAAGUUCGGUCUGUUCAAGGCUCGGAGCAGGGACUAUCAGGAGCAGCCCUCCACUGAGAACCUACUGCACACCAGUCAUAGCAGCGACCAUUUGGGUACUCCAUCUUCCCCUAUACCUUCAACCAGCAAGGGUAUGCUGGAAGACACGGCAUCAGCAGACCUAUCCGUGCUGAAUAUUGACAGCGAGGAUGAUGACACAAUAUCUCAACAGAACAUAGUAACUCGACGCGUCAGUGAUACCAGCAAGAUAGAAGAGUCGCAGAUAAACUACCAGCCCCUUAAAAACCAAGCAUCAGCAGACGCUACAUCCAUGUCUACCCUGAACUCCGACCAAGAAGACCAUGAGACCACGUUAGUAGACGAUGGAGAUGGCGCGUCUACUUCCUGCGAUGUCCUCUCCUUACAAUUUGAUGAGACGUCGAUAGCUGCCAGCGAAGACUUGUCGGUCUAUUGCGGGACUCUGAAGAAGACCAAGAAGAUCAGAAGUAAGGAAGAGAAGCAGUUACGAGACUUGGAUAUGUGGCAAGCUAGUAAUGUGGAGGUUAUGCAGAACCUCCUAAGCAGAAGUGGCACAUUGGAUGACCAAAUAAAAUGGGAGGCCAUAGCUACAGCUAGAGGUCUUUGCACUCUGAAAGACAGCUGCACAUGUGACGAUUGUGUGAGGGCGAAAUACCUCGCAGGAGUCACUGAUGGCGACGGAGGCCUGGGCGCCGCGCCCCUCUUCAACGCCAUAAGCGUCGGCUGCAUUGUCCAGUAA